AUGUCGGCCUCUGACCCGGCAGCAAACAGCCUCGCCAUCCUAGACGACUACCACUCUAUCGCCCUCAAACACUUCACAGACCUCCACCCCACCCUCCCCAUUACCCUGUUCCCGGACACACUGCACCCACUACACUCUGAGCAGGACCAUGCUGCCCUGAUCGCCCGCCUCAAACCCUUCACCAUAAUCAGCACCAUGCGCGAACGCACCCCCCUCCCCGCCUCCAUCCUCACCCAACUCCCCAACCUCCGCCUCCUCCUCACCACCGGCAAUCGCAACCUCGGCAUCGACGAAGUCGCCGCCUACGAGGCCGGAGUCACCUACACCGGCACCGUCGCUAUGGGAUCCAUCCCUCCCAAGGGCGCGACUGAGGCUGAUCUCGCUGAGAUCAAGGAUUUGAGGGGGCGGUACAGUGCUACGAAUGAGCAUACGUUUGCGCUGUUGUUGAGUUUGGCAAAGUAUAUCCCGAGCGAUGACUAUCGCAUUAAGGCGCAGCCGACGGCGCCGUGGCAGACGGACCUCGUGACCGGGCUUGCGGGGAAGGUGUUUGGGUGUAUCGGCCUCGGCCGCUUAGGCGCACAAGCUGCCAUCACUGCGCGGCUGGGGUUUGGGAUGAGGGUGUUGUGCUGGAGUCCGAAUCUGAAGCAGGAGCGGUGCGAUGAGGUCGCAAAGGGCGUUGGCCUGCCGGCGGGCACGUUCAAACUGGCGGGAAGUCUGAAGGAGCUGAUGGAGGGCAGCGAUGUUGUGAGCGUGCAUGUCGUGCUCAGCCCGCGGUCGAAGGGAAUGCUCUCUGCUAGGGAGCUGAGCUGGCUGAAGCCAUCUGCGCUGCUGAUCAAUACUUCACGUGGGCCACUGAUUGAUGAGACUGCUCUGCUGGACGUAUGCAGCCGCGGCGCGAUCCGUGGUGUUGGGCUGGAUGUGUAUGAGCGGGAGCACUCGCGGGGGAUAGUCCGUGGCGGAAAGGGGAGGGAUAUUGGGGACGAGAGGGGAGGAGUGCGGUGGUGUUAA